AUGGUGUUGCGGGGAAAUGAGGCACGGCGUGCUUCCGUCAUGGUUUCACGCUGUAUGCGUGUGAGGGUGGGUUUCACUUCAAACCCGAAAGACUGGGAUUGUACUAUGGCGGGUCAGGUCACUCGAGAUCGUGUCAGUUUUGUUACAUGGUGA